CAUUUUGAUUACAGGAAUGGUGCGCAAGACUGAGAAGAGCGAUCAUAUGCUUGUGGCAGAAAAACUUCAAGACCACUGUGAAUUGAAUGCUCGCAUGCAAGGCUUGUUAAAGGAAGCUGCGAAGGGUGGGCGCGUGUAGCACAAUACGGCACAUGCAUGCCAGCACACCGUCUGAUCAAAGUAACAUUCGAGAAGAGAACAUGAUGAAACGAUCUCACCUACCAGGAGUCGGCCUACUAGUACUGUCCCUACCUACUACCCAGCUCACUAGAGAAACGUGGAGGAAGGGGGUCGGAGAUACCUAGUGCGUUGCAACUGAUACCGUAGUACUAAGAGGAAGGCAGCUCGGUAGGGUUAUGCAAGGAUCGCCCUCGGCUGAAUAGCCAUUGAUUUGUCUCUGCGAGGGCACUCCAUGGAAAACGGGGAAGAUCGAAACGACUCCCAAGUUCCAGCGGAGGCUGACGACGAGCGGCCCAGCUUCAAGACGCGCGAGCAGGUGUAUGACCGGAUUGGGACCCAGCCGGACCCUGUAGGGGAGGCACCGGGACAGGGGGUGGAGGCGCCAGAGAGGGGCGCAGCCAAUGGCGCUGAUGCGCUGGACGCAGAGCGGGAGACGGAGGCCGCGGUGGACCUGCAGAAGCACGGGGCCAAGAGGCCCACCGCCGACACCGACGGGGACGGCAAGGCCAAGCCGGUGUACCCCAGGCCGCGGCCAUCGUCCAAAGUGUGCAUCCUGUCCAUAGACGGAGGCGGCGUGCGCGGCGUUAUCCCCAGCAAGAUCUUGACGCGGCUGGAGCAGAUGCUUGCAGAGAAGAGUGGGGACCCUGACGCCAGGGUGGCCGACUACUUUGACCUGGUGGCAGGCACGUCCGCCGGUGGUAUUCUGGCGGUCACAUUGCUGGCCCCCAACGAGGCGGGGAGGCCAAUGUUCAGUGCGGCCGAGGCAGGGACGUUCUUUACGCGUCACGCUGGUACUAUUUUCCCGCGGAACAAGCACACGGUCAAGGUCUGGAGGCUCGUCAAGAAUGUCUUCCGGCCAGCCUACCGGGCGCGCCCCCUAGAGAAGCUGCUGGCCAGCUACCUGACUACCCCCGCUGGCAAGACGCUCACCCUCAAGGACAUCCUGCGGCCCGUCCUCAUCACCACCUACGACAUCCUGCACGCGCGCCCCUUGUUUUUCUUCUGCCAACGCGCGCGCCUGAGCCCCAGCCACGACUACCUGCUGACGGACGUGUGCCGGGCCACCAGUGCUGCCCCCGCACUGUUCCCCCCCGCUCGCAUUUCCUCGGUGGAUCAAAAGAACCGGCGCGUGUGCGUGGACGGGGGCGUCAUUGCUAACAACCCGGCCCUGGCGGCGGUGCACCACGUGAUGGCCAACACGGAGGACUUCCCGACGGACGGCCCUGCGCGGCGCAGCUGCCGCGACAUGCUGGUGCUCAGCAUCGGGGCGGGCCAGGACGAGACGACGCUCGAGUACGAGCAGACGCGCAAGUGGGGCAUGGCCAAGUGGGCCGGCGCACUCCUGGACGUGAUGGUGUUCGGCAACGCCAACAUGACGCACUACCAGCUGUGCAUUGCAUUCGACUCGGAAGGCGCGCGGGACAAUUACCUGCGCAUUGAGACGACGCGGUUGCCCAAGCAGUCCAAGGUGCUGGACAACACGCACCCGCGCAACCUGGCCCGGCUGAGCGCGCUGGCGGACGAGUGCCUGACCGAGCGCGCGCGGUACUACGACCCGGAGGUGGGCCACCUGGUGCCCAUGGGGCAGACCAACGAGGAGCGCCUCGACAGGUUCGCGGACCAGCUUGUGGCGGAGCGGCGCGCGCGCCUGCAGCAGCAGCCGCACCGCAGCGGGCUCAGCGACGGGGCAACCAACGUGGACGAGGCGCGCGCGUUCGAGCAAUGACGCGCGCAGCAACAAAGAGCCGGGCCAUCAGCAGCCUGAGCGACGUCGUGAAGACCUUCAUUUGUGGAACGAUAGCGGGCGGGGGCCUGCUUUGACCCAAUAAUUCUGGCAUUAGCAGUUCGGUUUAUGGGAGAGAUCGGUCACGACAGUGGGCUCGCGGUGCAGGCAGGGCACACGAGCGUGCCCCCGGCCUGUCAUACCAGGUGAGCACGGGAAGGGGAGGCAGGCGGGCAGUGUAGAGAGCAAGCGUAGGGAUAGGGCUAGUGCAAGAUACCCCUAGAGAGCAGCGAAAGAUUUGGUUCAGCUUGAACCGUAGUUCUCAGAAACGACGUUGAGAACCUAUUGCAGGUGACUCUCUUAGCAUGGAACUAAAGCAGAUAGAAUUUACCCUAGCUGUGAAGGACUAAGAAGUUAGUCGGAGAUGAAGGAACGUCAGCCUUCUUUCGAGGGACAUUAAGCUGGAGAGAUGAACUCUCUUUGUAUACGGUGGGUUCGGAUAUCUUUAUGUAUUUUGCUCCAUUCACCUAGCCGGGCAGACGGACUGCGAAUGUACCUUAAAGUACAUAACGACCCCAUGUAUAUGCU